AUGGAAGAUCAGAUCCGGCAUAGCAUUCCCUUGGCUGAGUCCAUUCACCAUUCAGCAUGCAGAUUCCAAACUUGGCCAGAGCUUUGCACACAGAUCCGAAGAGAGGUUCUUCAAGCACAAUCCUCAACUGAAAUUGCGUACACUUCGGUUUGCCCCGACUGGGGCCCAUUGAUUGUCGACUCGCUAGACAACAACGAGGACAUGGAAAGCUUGAACGCCGCCAUCAACUACAACUCUGUUACAGAGACCUUGCUUAUCAAAGUCAGGCCUAGCCCUCUCCUUGGAUGUCAUCUUAACUGGAUUCGUAUGGAGGAAUGCGACUGGCGCGAGCAGAAUCUUGUUACGGAUGGUGACCUCCGUCUUCUCCGAGUGUCGGUAAACGCUCGUCAGAUCUCGCUAUGGAUUCUUAUCGGUGCCCGUCCAUUUGUGAAGGUCGUUGUGAUAAUCCAGUAUGCUCGCAAAGGCAACACCAAUCAAGUGGAAGGCAAAGCUGAACUCUAUGUUGGAGACGCAAAUGGCAACCCAGCCCUCCAGCAAGAAGCAACCAUCUUUCCCGCAACUCAGUCCGAGUGCUCACUUGGGAUCAAUGCCGGAGAUCUCUUCGGCCCAGUUCUCCCCCAGGGUCUGCAAGCCAACACUGUCCUCCCCUUGAGCAUCGAGAACCUUCGAAAUCAGGCUCGUGAUGCAAUGGUGCACAUGAACAUGGUGCCUGCAACUUAG